AUGAGCUCAAAUAGUUCGGAAAUCUUUGACGACAAAAAAUAUAUUCUUCAUCGAAUUAGAUUUUUCAUUUUGAUUAUAUUGGAAAUUCCAGCGGUUUUCAUUAGCCUUUUGAUUUUUGCCUUUUUCAUUACACAUCGUUCUGUGCUGAAGAAUCUUCAAAAUCAAGCUUUAUUAGUUUUACUACUCGCCAAUUUCAUCGAAUUAGCUACCAGUAUACCAAUGACCAUAGUUUUCUUUCACUUUUCCUAUGUUAAUCCGGCAACAGCAGUUUAUUGUACGUGCUGGACAUUUCUGGCCUAUAGUCUUGCCGUCAUCGGUGAAUUUCUCAUGGCCACCAUUUCUGUACAACGACACACACUUAUAUUUCAACCCCAAAUAUCACAAGUGCUCUAUAAACGGUAUAUAGUGUACCAUUUACCUCUACUCUUAUGUAUCAUCUAUCCAAUUGUGUUUUAUAUAUUUGCCAUUUUCCUUUAUACAUGUGACGGUACUCAAUGGGAUUUUCAAGAGAAUGGAUGUGGUUUCGCAAACUGCUAUUUUGUAUAUGACAAAACACUGGGUACGUUUGAUUGGGCAGUAAAUAAUGGCUUCCCGAUGGUAGUUAUUUUCAUGGCUAAUAUCAUCCUCGUCAUACGAGUUGUCAAGAACAAACUCCGUCGACAACAACUUGUUACUUGGCGAAAACAUCGACGAAUGACUAUACAAUUAUUGAGUAUAUCAAGUCUUUUUUUAAUUGCCUGGUCACCAAGUCUGAUCAUUGCACUCAUUCAACAAUUAUUCGCUCCAGAUUUUGCACUACAAAUUCAAAUGGAUUAUAUAACCGAGCUCAUAUACCUUGCAUGUCUCCUGUUGCCAUUAGUAUGUGUUGGUCUGCUACCAGAAUUUAUUAAAUGGAUUGUGAAAUAUUUACAUUGUGGAGCAACCACAAACAAUAUUGUUAGACCAACCACAGGCAAUGUUGUUAGACCAAUCACAAAAAAUAUCCCAAGAUAA